CCGAGCAGGGGCUACAUCGUGAUUCAUGCACAAUACUCUGAGGUCGGGCCGAUUUUCUUCCAGCUCUACAAACGACAAAGGUGGAAACUUAGGCUCAAGAGGUUGUCACUAGCCCGGGGUCAUCCAGCUGAGCGGGAUUCGAAUCACAAGAGGGGGCAGCAGGUGCCCAAGAAGAGGGAGGCCCUACCCACUUCCUCCUCCUGGCCGCAUCGCUCAGAGUGGGGAAUUGACGCUCAGUCUAGUCCGAGGCUCUCCGGCCCCGAUUGGAGCCAGGCCAUUCCGCAGCCUCCCCGCUCGGAGCUGGACAUGCCUUGAGUCAGAUCUGCAAGCUGUGGCCAGUUGAUAAUUAAACCUAGUGGCCCCAUGCUCUUGCUGGGCCUGGGGCCCGCUCCCGGCCCUGUUUCCCCCUCUUUACCCCCGAGGUCCGCGAGAGACCGGCUCUGGUCCGCGAUGCUUCAGUCUCACGCUAGGGUCCACGAGGGAAGAGGACAGAUACAGAGUUUGUUAUUUUGUUUCACGCCUGGGCGGAGCCACGCCCCCCGCCGCGCCAUUGGCGUAUUCCUUUCUGGGGGUAGGGCCCGCGUCGCGCCCCGCCCCUCCCGCCGUAUAAAGGCAGCGCCGGCGCAGGCCGCGCAGGAAUUUCUGACCUGUUCCGCAAGUGCGCCUGCGCACCCCGGGCAGGUUCGCGUUCUGAGACUGUAGCCUCCGCGCCUCGCGCCACCGCGUCGCGGGUUCGAGGCCAGGGUCUGUGCGUCGCGGGUUCGCAUCCCAGGCGCGAUGCUGUUCGACAAGGUGAAGGCUUUCGUGGUGCAGCUGGAUGGCGCGAGCGGCGGCGCCGAGCCGGUUUUCAGCGGCGGCCAGGCCGUCGCCGGCCGGGUGUUGCUGGAGCUGGCGGGCCCGGCGCGCGUGGGCGCCCUGAAGCUGCGCGCGCGGGGCCGCGCCCACGUGCACUGGACCGAGUCGCGCAGCGCGGGCUCGAGCACCGCGUACACUCAGAGCUACAGCGAGCGCGUGGAGGUCGUGAGUCACCGUGCCACGCUGCUUGCGCCAGACACGGGAGAGACCACGACGCUGCCUCCUGGGCGCCACGAGUUUCCAUUCAGCUUCCAGCUGCCUCCGACACUGGUGACUUCAUUCGAGGGUAAGCAUGGCAGUGUCCGGUAUUGCGUCAAGGCCACCUUGCACCGUCCCUGGGUCCCUGCCCGCCGGGCAAGGAAAGUAUUUACGGUCAUUGAGCCCGUGGACAUCAACACACCCGCCCUGCUGGCCCCUCAGGCCGGAGCUCUAGAGAAGGUCGCCCGAUCCUGGUACAGCAGCCGUGGUCUCGUCUCCCUCUCUGCCAAGAUCGACCGAAAGGGUUACACCCCAGGCGAGGUCAUCCCAGUUUUCGCGGAGAUCGACAAUGGGUCCACACGCCCCGUGCUUCCUCGGGCAGCAGUGGUCCAGACGCAGACCUUCAUGGCUCGGGGCGCCCACAAGCAGAAACGAGCAGUGGUGGCCAGUCUCGUGGGCGAGCCUGUGGGCCCUGGGCGGCGGGCGCUGUGGCAGGGCCGGGCGCUGCGUAUCCCCCCUGUGGGUCCUUCCAUCUUGCACUGCCGGGUCCUGCACGUAGACUACUCCCUCAAGGUCUGCGUGGACAUCCCCGGCACAUCCAAGUUGCUCCUGGAGCUACCACUGGUCAUCGGCACCAUCCCCCUGCACCCUUUUGGGAGCCGCUCAUCCAGUGUGGGCAGCCAUGCCAGCUUCCUGCUGGACUGGGGGCUGGGAGCCCUGCCAGAGCGCCCUGAGGCCCCUCCCGAGUACUCAGAGGUGAUGUCUGACAGGGAGGUGGCGGCCGCGGGGCAGAGCACCUUUCCGCCACUGCAGGACACCAACCUGAGCCUCGAAGGCCCCUUCUUCGCCUACAUCCAGGAAUUCCGCUUCCGCCCGCCACCCCUGUACUCCGAGGAGGACCCAAACCCCCCCUCAGAGGCCAUGAGGCCACGCUGCAUGACCUGCUGAACAGCGAGGGGAGACCUCGAGGGAUGAGGUCGCACACGCGCUUCCGGCCACCGUGGACGUGGGCAAUGCUGGGUCAAGAGCUGACCAACCAGCUUCAGCUUGACUGCGUUGAAGUUGGGGACUCCGAGCCUCAGAAUGGGCACGGCUUUCUGACAUCACGCAGGACAGAGGAAGAGCUGGGCAGGAGUCUGAUGUGUCUGGACCAGUCCUCGUGAGGCAUUAAGUGCCCAUCGAUGGAUCCUGUCAGUCCACACCGGCCCAUGGAUAGGGCUCGGGUCCCCCAGGAGCCUCUAGUCUGGGAGAGCUGUAGCCAGACAUAAAUACUUCCAGUCUCGUGGGACCGGAGGAAGAGACCCACGGCUGGGAGAGUCCUGAAGGGAGCAGAGAAGGCUUCCUGUAGCAAAGGGCCUUCUGGCUGAGGCUUUGGCAUACAAACAACCGCUCAGCAGGCAGACAGGCAAAGAGGAAGACGUCGGAGAAGGUCAGAGCUGAGUGAUGUUUGGAGAUCGCCCCCUUUGGGGCUUAGAGGGUGAGUGCCUCAGUUGAGGCCACAUGGCAAGGUCCGGCAGGCGAGAGGGCCCAGGAACAGGGCAUUCGGAGAUGCGUGUUGUCGAAGCAAUGUGGGACCUAGGUGGGGCAGGGACACUGGCUCCAGCCUUUGAAAGCCAGAGAGAGAUUGCUGGCCCAGGCCGGGACUGCCUGGGGACUCCUCCAAGUACUCCAGGACAUGAGACCUCGUCUGCAUAUUGUAUGACCCCGGGAAACCUGGUUCAGAACAUUCAGCCGGGCCCUGGGGACAGAGGUCAGCCUGGGGUAACAGCAGGCCCAGUGCAGCUCUGGGAGAGACCUCCUGGAGGGAGGGAGGGACAAAGUAUGAGGGGGGCAGCUGGACCAACCCCCUACCCCCGGGUUGCAGAUUCUCAGCCCUGGCUGGGGCAGGGCCCCCGCCUGGGACUCAACAUUUCUGAUAAGCCUUAAAUUGUUCCCUUUUU